AUGUUGCAUCCAUUUUUUCCCUCUUCAAGACGCUUCGCCAUCUGGGAGGUGCCUCGGGAAGAGGAAUUUGCGCCUCUGAAAAAUGCCGCUUCACCAGCUGAAAAAGAUUGUCCCACUAGUUGUCGCCGCGCCUUUCUGCGCUACACUACCCGCCUGGCGAUUGCGGCUGGGGCUGUCUUGUCAGGCGUCGAUGAGUCCUCUCUAGCCGGACCAGGCUUGCCAGUUACGGUUGUUGAAAUAUCUCCUGAAGUCAGCCACAGAGGAGAGGUUAGUGAGAUUCGAACUUUGUUUACAUCUAUUCUCAAAGCAUAUCAACUAUAUUUGUAG